AUGUCGAUGCUCUCCAUGCAAAGGGCCCUCGCGCCCGCCAUACGGCAAGGCGUUGCCGCCCUGCCUGCACCAGCACACUCGACCCGCGUGCUCGCAUCCACGGCUGCGCGCAGCCUCACCACCCACAAGCUCCCGAGCUCCUCCUCGCCCUCCUCCACACCACGAAGCUUCUCCCAGUCCGCGACACAUGGCGCUCCCAACCCCUCAAUAUUAGGCAUAUCGGGCCCGGGCGGGCCUGGCCUGACCACCUCCUACUUCCAGAAACCAUCCCUCCCCGCCAACACCAUCAUCCGCUUCGUCCCGCAGCAGACUGCCUGGAUCGUCGAGCGCAUGGGCAAGUUCAACCGCAUCCUCGAGCCUGGUCUUGCCAUCCUGGUACCAUUUAUCGACCGUAUUGCCUACGUCAAGUCGCUCAAGGAGAUCGCCAUCGAGAUCCCCAGCCAGAGCGCCAUUACCGCCGACAAUGUCACGCUCGACCUGGACGGUGUCUUGUACACAAGAGUCUUUGAUGCCUACAAAGCGAGCUACGGAGUCGAAGACGCCGAAUACGCCAUCUCACAGCUCGCCCAAACCACCAUGCGUAGCGAGAUCGGCCAGCUGACGCUCGACCACGUCCUUAAGGAGCGCGCCGCCCUCAACACAAACAUUACCGCCGCGAUCAACGAGGCCGCCCAGGCCUGGGGUGUCACGUGCCUGCGCUACGAGAUCCGCGACAUUCACGCCCCGGCCGGCGUCGUCGAGGCCAUGCACAGGCAGGUCACGGCCGAGCGCAGCAAGCGCGCCGAGAUCCUGGAGUCCGAGGGUCAGCGCCAGAGCGCAAUCAACAUCGCCGAGGGUAAGAAGCAGAGCGUGAUCCUGGCCUCCGAGGCGCUGCGGGCCGAGCAGAUCAACCGUGCGAGCGGUGAGAGCGAGGCCAUCAUGCUGAAGGCCAAGGCCACGGCUCAGGGGAUCGACGCGGUGGCGAAGAGCAUCGAGCAGGGCCGUGAAGCGGCGCAGGGCGCGGUCAGCCUGACGGUUGCCGAGAAGUACGUCGAUGCGUUUGGCAAGCUGGCCAAGGAGGGCACUGCUGUCGUGGUGCCUGGCAACGUCGGAGAUAUCGGCGGCAUGAUUGCCACGGCGCUGAGCGUGUACGGCAAGGUCGGAGACGCACAGUCCAAAGCCAUGGCGAAGAAGGCGCUGGAGCAGGGCCAGAUCACCGAGGCCGAGGAGGCGGAGGCCGUCUCUCAGAAGGACAGCAUCGUCGCUGACUUCGACAAAGCCGCGAGGAGAUAG